CCUGCCAGCGCUGCCUCACCGUGAUGGGGUACCGCUGGAAUGUAGAAUGGAGGGGUUUGCAGGGCUCCGCAAAGUCCAAGAAGGGUCCAGCUGGUGGGGAUACCAGUCGAACCGGCUCGUCUCGCUGCUCUUGGUAGAAGGAGAAGGCCGAGGGUGGCGGGUGACGAUAGACGCGACGAAGGGAGGAAGAGGAGGAUAUCUUGCUAUCAAUAUGGCAGCUAAGUUAGUGAUGGCAGAUUAUAUAGUGAUCGUGGUGAUGCUUCUCAUUAGUUCUGGUAUCGGUGUCUAUUAUUGGCUCACUGGUGGACGACAAAAAUCGACAGAGGAGUACUUUGUAGCGAACAAAUCUAUGAGUGUUAUACCAGUGGCAAUUGGCUUGAUGGCUUCAUACUUGUCGGCGGUCAGCCUACUAGGGGUCAGUUCGGAAAUUUACGUUUACGGUUCUCAGUACAUGGUGAUAAACAUCUCCUACGGCAUUGCCACCGCAUUCGUUGUCUACUUUUACUUGCCCGUCUUCUUCAAGCUCAACGCCACCAGCGCUUUCGAAUAUCUUCAGAAACGUUUCGGUACGCCGACAAGGUUGUUAGCCAGCGUCGCCUUUUUCCUUCAACUUCUUUUGUACACCGGCGUCGUGCUCUACGCGCCGGCACUCGCGUUGGAAGCCACGACAAAUAUCUCGAGGAGUUUGAGCGUGAUUGGCAUCGGAUUGGUCUGUACAUUCUACUCAGCGAUUGGUGGCAUCAAGGCAGUUAUUAUUACCGACGUAUUCCAAAGUGCCCUCAUGAUUACAGCCAUUAUCACAGUGAUAGUGACAGCGGCGAUUGAUGUAGGUGGUCUUGCACGAAUUUGGGAAAUCUCAGCCGAAGGAUUACGAUUGGAAUUUAAUAACAUUUCUCCCGAUCCAACGGUACGACAUACUUGGUGGAGUCUAACGUUUGGUGGUUUUUUCACCUAUCUUUCCUUGUACGGUGUCAAUCAAGUUCAAGUUCAAAGAAUGCUAACAGUCCGGAAUCUGGGAGCGGCCAAACGGGCUCUUUGGUGGAGUUGGCCGAUGGCGUCUAUCAUGUCAUUGACCAUUUGCUUUGCUGGCUUGUCGAUAUAUACGAAGUAUCGUGAAUGUGAUCCCUUGAACUCGGGAAGGAUCACCUCGAACGACCAACUGAUGCCGCUUUACGUAAUGGACACGUUGUCAAAGUAUCCUGGAAUACCUGGACUUUUUAUAGCUGGGAUUUUCAGUGCAGGACUCAGUACGAUAUCGGCCACGGUCAAUUCGUUAUCUGCAGUCAUUCUCGAGGACUACAUCAAACCUUUGUAUCGAUACAAAAGCAAAGGCAAAGAAAUGUCAUCGAGACGAUCGAUCAUUGCCAGUAAAGUGUUAGCGGUCGUUGUUGGAUCAAUGUGUCUGGGAGUAGCCUUCUUGGCACGAUAUUUGGGUGGACUCCUCCAGGCUGCUCUAACGAUAUUCGGCGUAGUCGGAGGACCUCUCCUUGGUACAUUUACUUUGGGUAUGUUCAGCCAAACGGGAAAUCAGAAGGGAGCUAUCACAGGACUUAUUCUUGGUCUUGCGUUUUCAUUUUGGAUUGGUUUCGGUCAACCAAAGCCGCCCAUUCCAAAAUUGCCCGUAUCCACAAUUGGAUGUAGCAGCAAUUAUUCCUUGUCCUAUAGGAAUUUAAUCAUGCCUAAGACGUUCCAUGAGAUUACGAAUCAAAAAUCCUACUUUUAUCUCUAUCGAUUGUCCUACAUGUGGUACUGUCCUCUCGGAUUUCUCAGUAGUUUACUCAUCGGUUGGAUAGUCAGUUGGGUGUCAAGGAUGAUCUUCAAGGAGGAAGAAAUUGUAAUGGAUCCACAAUUGUUCACACCGAUAAUUGCUUCGAGAGUUCAUAAGAGAACGCAUGAGGAGAAACUCACGACCGCGGAAUGAUUUGUGGUUUCUUAAAAAAAAGAAGAAAAAGAAAAAAGAAAAAAGAAAUGAAAAAAAAAGAAAAAAGAAAAAAGAAAUGAAAAAAAGAAAUGAAAAAAAAAAAAAGGAAAGAAGAAACAGAAAUAAUGAUAAGGAGGGAAGGAUCUUUGGGCAUAAGAGAUUUUCCGGUCGAUCUUCGGACACGUUAUCGUCUUAUGUAAGCACCGUAAGCCACGAUGAUAUUCACCGUGGUGUUCGGCUUCUCUCCUCGUGUCACCUUAGGACGGUGCGAGAGACGAGGGCGAGGGUGAAGGUGCUCGCGCGCGCACACGCUGCCAAGCGAGCACGGUAACACCAGUCCGACGGCAUUCCAUCGAGAUUUGCGAACGUUUCGGUAAACGUUCAACGUAUCCGCACGGUCCCCCCGGUGUUUACCUCCGUUAUCGUUACACAAUACGCCGGAGGGAAAAGAAGAGGGAGGAAUUCUUCUUCUUUUCUUCUUCUUCUUUUUCUUCUUCAGUUGCUUUCGGACAAUUUCGAUAUAGAUAAUAUUGUCAAAGGAGAGAAUGAUGGGAAAAAAAGAAAGAAAGAAAAAAAAAA